AUGAGCGAUAGUCCGUUGAGUAAAAAACAGAAGGUGCUAGCCGGGGCAUCGGAUGAUGACUCACAAGUUCAAGAGUCACCAAACAAUACAAGACAGUCAAGAUCUCGGACACCUCGGAAGCUUGUCCUCGGGUCCCCAGAUAAACGCUUUGCAUACUCACAGCCUUCAACAGCGUCAUCACUUGAGGUACCGAACUUGAAGCCUCAGAAAGGAGAGCUUUCGAGUUCACGUGGUAGAGUUUAUUCCCAGUCUCCCCCGCGAUCACCAAAUAGAUCUCCAACCCGCAGACUUGAGCUCAUUCAAUUGUCUCCGCUCAAAAAAUCGAGGCUAGAACUACAAAGGAUAUAUGACUCUCAGGCUUCCAUGGAGCCCGUUGAAAGACUUUGCAUAGAUCGACUCGUGCUUCAUAACUUCAAGUCAUAUGCAGGGACACAGGUAGUGGGUCCAUUUCACUCAUCUUUUUCUGCAGUUGUUGGACCAAAUGGAUCAGGAAAGUCAAAUGUGAUCGAUUCAAUGCUUUUUGUUUUUGGAUUUAGAGCCAACAAAAUGAGGCAGGGAAAAUUAUCAGAUUUGAUACACAAAUCUGAAGCUCAUCCUAAUCUCGACUCGUGUUUCGUUGAAAUUCAUUUCAAACAUGUAAUCGACGAGCCAAAUGGUAAUACAAGAACCAGUGAAAACUCGAGUCCAUUGGUCGUAACUAGAAAAGCUUUCAAAAAUAACUCUUCAAAGUAUUUUAUCAACGGUAAAGAGAGUAAUUAUACACAGGUUACUCAUUUGCUUAAGGGCAAAGGUAUUGAUUUGGAUCACAAGCGGUUCUUAAUUCUACAGGGAGAAGUGGAGAGUAUAGCACAAAUGAAGCCUAAAGCAGAAAAGGAAAGUGAUGAUGGGCUACUUGAAUAUUUAGAAGAUAUCAUUGGCACGGCAAAGUAUAAGCCUUUAAUUGAAAAAAGCCUGACUGAAAUUGAAACACUAAAUGAGGUUUGCAAAGAAAAAGAAAGCCGGUUUGAGUUUGUAGAGCGUGAGAAGACUUCGUUGGAAUCCAGCAAAGAUGAGGCUUUAAACUUUUUAGAAAAAGAGAAAGUCUUGACCAUUUUAAAAUCAUCGCUUUGCCAACAUAAAAUUUGGAAAAAUGACGAAAAACUGAAGAAUACGCUUGAAAAAUCAAAGGAGCUGAAUGAUGAAUUGGCCAGAGAAAGUGCCAAGUACGUUGAACAUCAAAAUGAGAUAAAAAAGCUAGAAGAAGAAUGUUCUUCUUUAAAAAAUCAAAUGAAAAUGUUUGCAGAACAGCAAAAGAAGCUCAUGUCUGAAAAAGGUAGGAGAGAAAGAGAGAAAGUUUCAAAGGAAGAGAAAGCUAAGAAUCUUAUACAAAAAAAGUCAAAAGCUGAAAAAUUAUCUAAAACCACCAAAACCUCGAUAAGUGAAGCCGAAAAUAAAUUGAAGGAGCUUGAAAGUAGUCAACUGCAGUAUGAAGAAGAAGUAGCACAAUUGAAUACUUCGCUUUGUGAAGAACGUGGUGAACUAGACAAAAUAAAGCUCUCUCUCAAAGAUAAGACAAGUGAAAUUACCAGCAGAAUAAAGGUGAUUGAAAAAGAAUUAGAGCCAUGGACAGUACGUCUACAGGAAAAAAUCACCAACAUCAGGCUCACUGAGAGUACAAUCACCGUUCUUAAAGAGUCUGAGCAAAAAUUAGUCGAGGAUAUCACUCAAACAGUGAAAAACAUACAAGAACUUAGGACCAGAGCAGAAGAGAAACAAAUGCAUAUCAAAAAACUUGAAAAGGAACAAGAUUCUAUGAAAGAGCUCAUAUCUAUUGGCCAAAAUGAGUGUGAUGGUGCUGCUAAAAAGUUAGAAGAAAUGAAGGCAGUACUUUUAGCACAUAGGCAGCGCAGCAUGGAUGCCCACUCUUCUUUGUCGAGUUACGAGAAUAAAAAUAAAGUACUUAAUGCCCUUACGCGUUUACAGAAAUCUGGUCGUAUUUCUGGUUUCAAUGGGCGACUCGGUGACUUGGGCAUUAUCGAUGAUAAGUAUGACGUUGCAAUUUCUACUGCUUGUCCACGGCUCGAUGACAUAGUCGUUGACACUGUGGAAUGCGGCCAACAAUGCAUUGAGCACUUGCGGAAGAAUAAUUUAGGCUAUGCUCGCUUCAUAUUGCUUGAUAAAUUGCGAAACUUCAACACGAACUCAAUCAAUACGCCUGAAAAUGUGCCUCGAAUCUUUGAUUUGAUCGAAGCAAAAGAACAGAGGUUUAUUCCAGCGUUUUACAGUGUGCUUAGGGACACUUUAGUUGCCAAAGAUCUCAACCAAGCAAAUCGAGUUGCGUAUGGAAGGAGAAGAUUUAGAGUGGUUACUUUGGAUGGUAAACUUAUCGAUAUAUCUGGUACUAUGAGUGGUGGUGGUCAUCAAAAGGCCAGAGGGAUGAUGAAAUCAAAACGGCAAGCUCAGAGUGACAACUACACACCUGAUGAGAUUGCACGAAUCGAUAGUGAGCUAGCUGAAAGAGAGAAGAACUUUAAGAUUGCCUCUGAGACUCUUCGAGAGAUGGAGGAAACGUUACAAAGGUACAAAGAUCGAGAGCCCAAUAUUCACUUAGAUGUAGCUAAACUCAAGAUGGAUUUGGAAUCUUUGUUCACUGAUAUCAGUCUGAGCGAAAAGCGUCUAAGCAGUCUGGAAGAAGCGAGAAAAUUACACGAAGAAGGAAAUAAGGAACUUCAUAUCGCACAAGCGAAGUUGGAUUCCCUAAAGCAGGAAAGAACUCAAUUGGAAGAAGAGAUGAAGUCAAAGAAUAAGGAAAUGAAGAGUCUGCAAGAUGAAAUAAUGAAAGCUGGUGGGACGAAACUGCAGAUGCAGAACUCCAAAGUGGAUUCGCUUACACAACGAAUUACGAUCGUAGUCGAAAAACAAAAAAGAGAUAGAAUUUCACAAAAAAAGGCUGAGAAUGAUCUAAGAAGAUGGAAUAAACAACACACUGAAGCAACUUUGGAAAUGGAAAAAUGUCAGGAAGAUCUUUCUUCGAUAAAUGAAUCAAUUUCUGAAUUAGCUGCGAAAUGCCAAGAAAUGGAGGCUCUUAUCAGCGAAGCUGAGUCAUCAAAAGAGGAGAAAGAAGAGCAAUAUACUAAAUUGCAAGAGAUAAUUACCGAAAAGGGAGAGGAUAGCAACGGCUUCAAAUCUUUCGAACUGGAUAUUAAGAAUCGGCUCGAAAAACUAAACGAUUUGGCAUCUCAAAUAAGAAAGGACGCAAAAAAGUUAUCUGAUAAACUUGAUUCUCUGAAGAUUCGAGAAGUAACCGUCAGAUUAGACUUGUUAGACGACGGAGUACUGCCUCCAGCUGAGGAGAACUCAUCGCUGCAUGAUGAUGAAACACAAAUCCCUUCUAAUCCAAACACCGUCGGAGACAGCAUGGAUAUCGAUGAUACCUCAGAAAUUAAUAAUGAUCGCCAGCUUAAUAGUGAAGAAUACGACGAUGCUAUGGCGGUGGAUCAGCUUGAAGACAGAACCAAGCACGGCUUGCCUAAAUUGUCCAAGGAGGAAUUGGACACCCUGGAUGUUGAAAAAAUUGAAGAAGAAAUUAAGUGUUUAGAAGAUUUUGUUCUGAACACUCAAGUAGAUAUUGAUAUCUUAGAAGAAUAUGCUAAACGAUUGGCUGAAUUCAAAACAAGAAAGUUAGAUUUAAAUCAAGCUGUUGAGAAAAGAGACAAAGUUCGCGAGACCUGUGAAGAGCUCAAGAAAAACCGAUUGAAUGAGUUCAUGAAUGGAUUUAACGUUAUCUCUAUGACUUUAAAGGAAAUGUAUCAAAUGAUAACGAUGGGUGGAAAUGCAGAAUUAGAGUUAGUUGAUAGUUUGGACCCCUUUUCCGAAGGGGUUCUUUUCAGCGUCAUGCCACCGAAGAAAAGUUGGCGUAAUAUCUCUAAUCUGUCUGGUGGUGAAAAGACUCUGAGCUCCCUUGCCUUGGUAUUUGCUCUGCAUAAGUACAAGCCAACGCCAUUGUAUGUUAUGGAUGAGAUCGACGCAGCAUUAGACUUUCGUAAUGUUUCCAUUGUCGCAAGCUAUAUUAAGGAGCGGACCAAAAAUGCUCAGUUCGUGGUCAUUUCUUUACGGAAUAACAUGUUUGAAUUAGCUCAGCAAUUGGUGGGUAUCUAUAAAAACAAAAAUAUGACGAAGAGUGUGACACUUCAAAAUAAGGACCUGAUUACAAGAAUUUAG